CUUCAACACUUGGAAUGAAGUAUUUCUUCAUUCUCUUCAUCUCAUCUCCAUCAAACUUAAACUGAAGAAUAUUCUUUACUCUUUACUUAUUCUUGCAUCUCUUCAUUUAUUCAUUUAUUUACAUCGUAUUUAUUCAUCAUUUUAUAUUCUGUCCGGUACUUCAUCUUUUCUCAUCUGCCUUCUUUUGUUCUUCAUCUUUCACGACUUUUUUCAUUAUAUAACCUGAUACCCCUCUUAGCCAUCUUUAGUGUUAUUAUUAUCGUCCCUUUUGAACAAGAUAGAGUCUAGUAAACAGACAAUCGAAAUACAUCUAGCCAAUUGGUCACAAUGGACAUUGGCAAUAUCUUUGAGGAGUGGGACUUCUCAGGAACAGUACCACUCCCAUACAGAGUCCUGUUGAUGGGCUGCAUUGGCAUUUUUGCUUGGGCGAGCAACCUCCAUAUCCUUUCGUAUUUGCGAGUUGAUGUCUCCAAUCUCUUGUUCUCUAGCCCACCCCUUUCAGGAGUUUAUACAAACCAUCCGAGGCAUUCCCGAGGAGACAAAGUCGUCAAUAAAUCAACAGCUCUUUCAGCCCUCUACCGAUCCAUCUAUACCCUCGGAGUGGCCUUUCUCUUUAUGGUCCUGGUCAACAUGUGGAUGUACAAAUGGGUUGUGGCUGGAUCAUCUAAUUCUGGAAACAACAGAAACAAAGGAGGCAACACAAAUUCAUCAGCAGGAGUCAUUAGAGGAGGCAUGGGACUACCCGAUAAUACACGUGCAGGAAUUAUAGUCCCUAUCAUUGGAUAUCUGACAAUUCUAGCCAUGAUCUUCCUCCCAUUUAACAUACUUUUCAAAAAGGAACGCUAUCGAUUCUUAAGAUCGAUGAAUAAGGCUUUAUUUUCUGGAUUCAAAUCAGAGGUGUUAUUCGCAGAUGUGAUCCUCGCUGAUAUCUUGACGUCAUUUGCUCGAGUCUUUGGCGAUUUGGCAGUGGCGCUGUGCCUAAUGUUUCUAGACCGAACCGGGACGAAUGCGGACGCAUGCUAUAGCAGUAUCCUGGUUCCUAUCAUGACAAGCAUUCCAUACUUUAUUCGUCUUCGUCAGUGCCUUUCAGAGUAUAUUGAGUCAAAUUACACCGUUGAAAGGCAUCUUAUGAAUGCACUUAAGUACGCAUCAGCUUUUCCAGUCAUCAUUGUUUCAUCCAUGCAGAAAGCGUCAAAAGCAGCAUCACUAAAAGGCGUACAGUAUGAAGGAUAUUUCACAGAUAACUCACUCUUUCGUUUAUGGCUCUUUUUUGUGGCUCUUAAUUCCUUUUAUUCAUUCUAUUGGGAUAUUUAUCAUGAUUGGAACCUAAUCCAAGUCUUGCCACCGGGAUCGGGAUCCAAUAGCGUCAAUUCUCGCAUUAGCACAGGACCUUUGUCUCCGGGAACACCCAAAAUUGGAUCUAUGAACGACAUGUUAAGCCAGGCAAGUGGAGGCAACAGUGGCAGUAUGAACCUUUUGGGUUCACCAUCUAGCAACGGUAAUGUCAAUGGAAGCAACCAUGGUAAUAAUCGCACCAGCAAAUGGUACUAUCGGCUAGAGAUGCGACCUUACUUGCAUUAUGAAGAACGAUCCUUUUAUAUCAUGGCGAUGGUAUUGGACUUUUUGCUCCGAACCACAUGGAUGCUGAAGUUGGUAUCGAAUAUUCAGAUUGAAGAGUAUGAGGGUGGCGUGUUCACGAUGGAGUGUCUUGAGGUUUUGAGACGGUGGAUCUGGGUCUUGUUCCGAUUUGAGGCUGAAAUGGUUAAACGUGCUGGAUAUUCGGACGCUAUGUCUCCUACUCACUCUAUAACUGGAUUGACAGGUGGAAGUCCUGUAGGUGAUGCUGAUAACAACAUUGAGGGUAGUGAUGAGAUCCUGAUGGAAGAUAUAGGAUCAUGGCAGAAGUAG